AACAGCUGUAAGAUAGAGUGCGCCGACAAAAUCUAAAUACAACCUCGAUCAAUUUUUCCCUAACUGAACAUGUACCGCUCAAAGUAUGUCACACCAAAAUCUAAAACUCCUCGAGUUAGAUCAGUGGGAUUGCCGCUAAAAUCUGUUCCUGAAGAACAGGUUAAAUAUGUCUCAGAAGUGACGAUUCAUCUUUCUACGAACAGGAGCCGAGAAACAAAUCCAAGUAAGAUGCCCGGCUCGCAAAAAAGUCCUCAACAGAAAGCAAGCAACACGUCUAUCACCACCCCAGAGAAAAGUACUUCCGAAGAAACCUUGUCUUCGUCAGUAUGGAGCCAGGUGACUAAAAAGCCCGUGGAGGGUACGCCCAGGACCUCGACGCCGGAGAAGCAUGACUCCGUGAGUCCGCGAGGUGAACAGCAAAACAUCAGUGGAUUUCAAAAUGAGACUUUGUUUUCGAAAAGGGAAAGCCGAGAAGUUCGAAGAAAACCUUUCUACGAAACCAUGGCCACCGAUGGCGUAAAUUCAACACAUCAAUUUGUAAACAACGAGAAAAUGGUUCUCCCUCCACCGGAGUUUCCAACCCUGAACUCGCGCCGUGACAGCUCUCUAAAGAACCACUGGUACGUCGAUAUUGUCCAGCGGCUGGAGGACUUAAAUUGGAGCUAUCAGACAAUGGAGGUGGAGUAUGCUUUUCUGGAGAAGCUCAUGGCAGAACAAAAAGAGGAUCUGAAAAAAGCACAAAGCUGGAACAAUCGUCUCAGAAAUCAGCAAAGAGCGAAGAUUGCCCACUAAUGGCGGAUGAUCGGUGAACGUUCUAAUAAACUUUUAAGUCAGUUUGUAGUACUUUUUCAAAACAUUUUGGUAUUAUCUGGUAGCCAAGACCUUUGCAUGGCUUCUGAUGUAAUCACAAAUAUGAGUUAUAAGCCUUCGUACAUCGAUCGCCAACGCAUCUU